AUGAGCGCGUCAGUUCCUCCUGGCGUCGUCUGCGAAGGCAGCCACACCGAAAAACAUAGUGGUGGCGCAGUUGACGGGUGGUUGGCUUUCGAGAAAGUCAAGCUCUACACGAAUGCGUUCAUUGUAGAAGAAGGCAGGAUCCUCCUUGGCUAUAAGAAACGUGGUUUCGGAAAGGAUCUAUAUAAUGGCUUCGGUGGAAAAGUCGAGCCGCAAGAGACUCCGCUAGAAGCUGCGGUACGAGAAAUGCAGGAAGAAGCGGGAAUCACUGCCCCGCUGAAGAAGUGCGGGACACUGUUCUUCGUCUGCGAAGACAUAGACCAUGCCUUUCACAUCGACAUUUUUGUUGCCGACGAAUACACCGGUGCCAUUAUAGAGACGGACGAGAUGCGUCCUGGAUGGUUCUCCACAUCGCAGGGCGCACCCAGCUCAGAACUCCCGCCGAUUCCGUACAGCCGGAUGUGGGCAGACGACGUGUUCUGGAUGCCUAUGCUCCUCGCGGGAAAACCUUUCAUUGGGCGUGCUGACUUUGUGCAGGACGGAACAAUGCAGAAGUGGUGGUUCGCGGAGGUAUAACAGUACUAGAGAUCUAGUGUGAACCGCUGUAUUUUAGAUUACACCCUUGAAUAGCCUUACAUGCUCCUUGGCGCGCACAUCUGUAUAGAUUUCAUUGCGCGAGACACUGUUAUUCAUUAGUGGAUGUCCUUGUGCGCGU